AUGCUGUUCUCAACCCCCGCAUCGCGUGCUUGUUACAAGGCUUCGAUCGCCAAUUCUUCGUUCCUACACUCGGUCUCGUCACGGAUGAUUUUCUCCCAGUCCUCUACUCGAAAAGCCGAGCUAGCUGCGACCUCAACUCAAGCUGGGAAGACCGCAAGUGCUCCAAAACCCUCCACGAAUGGGACUGUUCUCCAGUCGUCGGAGAGCACUACCGACCAGCCACUGAAGCUACAAGAAGAUGACCCGUCGCAUGUGGACUGGACAAGGUCUUUCCAUGGUCUCUCAAUAGAGCCCUUUUCCAAAGAAGCGGCCGAUGUUCUUCAGGCGCCGUUGAAUCCUGAAGACGUCGAGAUUAAACCGGAUGGCAUCAUAUACCUUCCGGAGAUAAAAUACAGACGCAUUUUGAACAGAGCAUUUGGCCCUGGUGGCUGGGGACUGGCGCCGCGAGGCGACACGAUCGUUACCGACAAAACCGUCACAAGAGAGUACGCAUUGUUGGUACAUGGGAGGUUGGUCUCGAUUGCACGCGGAGAGCAAGAUUAUUUCAACAAAGAUGGCAUCCCGACAGCGUCUGAAGGCUGCAAGUCUAAUGCCAUGAUGCGGUGUUGCAAGGAUCUUGGUGUAGCCAGUGAGCUAUGGGAUCCUCGAUUUAUUCGAAAAUUCAAAUCGGAGCACACUCGAGAGGUGUUUGUAGAGCACCAGGGCACCAAAAAGAAGACUAAGAUAUGGCUUCGCAAGGGCGACCCGGUGUCAUAUCCUUACGCUGAGCUGAAGAAAUGA